AUGCAGGAGCCGUGCGUGGUGAUUGGAACGCUGCUCAAGGAUAUGCCGAUGAGGCCCUCAGUGCUCGCUGAGUAUAUCAACACACUGGAAAUUCAGACAGCAACGCAAACGACUGCCGAGAAGGCCCCCCCUAAGUUGUUUUUGGAGGAUGCGACUGCCAAGAUAUCUCUUUUGCCUGCUGCAUCAGAAGAAGGGCACACGCCAAACGCAGCGGCAUUCGACACGUCUGUGGAAGGCGUCUUUCGCACGCAUGGAUCCCUCAACAUAGACCGCUGCGUUGCAGGCAUGGUGGUAGCUGUACGGGGAGUGCCGCUUGGCACUGGUGCCUUUAGCGUGGAGGCCAUAUGCGUUGCAGGGGCCCCUGCACCGGGGCCUCUUGCAGGGGCCCCUUCGAAAGCGGGCGAGGGCGACAUGGAUUGCGAUUCCUGCAGCGUGCAAGACACCUAUGUUGCCCUUCUCUCGGGUAAGAGACUGAGAGCAAGCUUGACGCUCCAAGCGUGUGCAUGCCCUCCGCACGUGCCUUCCUUUGUGCUUUUUUGGCGAGAGGGAGGGGCCCCGCAUCUCACGGCGUUCUCUGUGGGGAGGGGGCGAGUCUGGUGUGCUCGUUCCAUAGGCCUCCGUUUAGGGUCGGCAGUCGUCAAUCCGAGAGGCCUUCAGCUCUUGAGAGACUUCCUUCUUGGCGGAGCACCGAGCCCUGAGCUACGCCGCCUAUCCUCUCGCAUUGCGAAAGUCGUGAUAUGUGGAAACUGCCUCGCGCUUCCCGUUGUGGCGGCUGCCUCCGCAGCGACAUCGAGUCCCCAUCUUAACGGAGCUUCCUCCUUGGAUUCUGCUGCCUCCCUCUCAGCAGCUCUGCAGGAGGCUGACGUCUUUCUUGCACAACUGGCGGCAACAGUCUCCCUGGCCCUUAUGCCGGGGCCCUCGGAUCCGACAACUUUCGCGCUUCCCCAACUGCCCUUGCAUGCAGCCCUCCUGCCCAUUACGCGUCUGUACCGGACGGUGCAAGGCGUUACAAAUCCGCACGCGUUCUCCGUGAAUGGCGUUAGAUUCAUUGGCAGCAGCGGCCAGCCAGUUGACAGCAUCUGCAACGCAAGCGUGCUUUCCUCUAUAGAAGCUCUAGAGCUGACGGCCCAGUGCCGUUGCUUAGCGCCAACAGCCCCUGAUUCUUUGGCGUGCUAUCCCUUCGUAGACGAAGACCCUUUCUGCGUCUCGGGGUCGAGCAGCUAUCACGUGUUUUUCGCUGGGCUGCAGAAGCACCACGAAUGCCGUGUGUUGCACACAGCCCCCGGGGGGGACGGAAGAGCAGUUGUUGUGAGCGUGCCUGACUUUGGUGUCAGGGGGGAAAUCGUGCUGCUCUCCCUCCGAACCUUGCAGACCCGAGUCCUUAGGUUCCAUGAAGGUUUUGGAAGCGGCGCCGAUAAUGCAUGA